CAGUUCAUUUCUUCCUGCCACAGGGAAAUUAUCUACCCCAUCUCAAAGUCUUCAGCUAAAGAAGGAAUCUCCAUCUAGCUGGUUGGAUGUGGAACAUCAUCAAAAACAGAAGAAGGAACACAAAAAAAGACUAAAUGCGUCAGCCAGUGAGGAUGAAUCUCUUGAGUCAGGAUGACUUUGAUGAUUUUAUCAGGAGCAUAAAGCAGGGUGGAAUUCCUUUCCCACUACCUCGAAAGAGGCCCAUUCGUAAAAAGUCCCCAUCUCCACCAUUUGCCAUGCCUGCCAUCAAGGAGGACCGUUUUGAGAAAACAUUUGAUCCUGAGGAAUUCCAGUUUGGCUUAAGGAAAAAUGGCAAAUGUUUCAGGGAUCCCUCACCAGCUAUGGUAAUAAAACAAAAAGCAGCCAAUAGGAAAGGACGGAGCCUAGGAAAAUAUGCACAAGUCAAUGCCCUGUCCACACCUGGAGACAAAGAGAAAUCACACAAUGAGGUGGAAGGAGACAAUGUAUUUGAAGAGGGGACCGAAGCUGAAGCAAGAAAAGAGGAGGGACAAAGCAAUGGAGCAGAGCCUGGGAAGUUGACGUCAAGACUUGAAAGGAUGUCCAUCCUCUCUAGCCUACUGAGUUCGUCUAGGAAGGCCAAAGAGGAAACUACCUCUGCCUCAAAUAGCUCAGUUUCAUCUAACAAACAAGACCUACCCUCUCUUGGAAAGCAAAGUGUUGUUGAUUCACCUCUAUCUUGCGUUGGAGCAGAUAAGGAGGGCGUGAAAAGCACAGAUCAAGGCCCACUUGUGGGUGGUGGUACAGGUACAGUUAGUGAGUCAGCACUUGGCCCCUCCUCUCCUCCUCCUCUACCAACGUUCUCAGAGAUAAAGCUGCCUGAUCAUUUAGAGAAAUACCUCAAGAAGAACAAAAGAGAAUCUGAGACUUCCCAGGGCUCGACACACACAACUACAACUAAACUGAGUCCUGAAGAGAGCACUGUUAUGGACCAGGCCUUGAUACCAGGGGUACCUAAUGUGGAUGUGGGCCUAAAAGGCCCUGUUGGACUGCAACCAACCACUAACCGUCAACAGCAGCCUUCUCAAAAUGGACUGUCUACUACCAAGAUAAGGAUACCUGCAGUAAGAGGGUUCCACAAAAGGCCUGGGAAGAUUGUUAUACAUGAACAUGCUCAGUUUGGAGGGGAAGCGUUGGAGUUCUACUCUGAUGUGGAAGAUACCACCAUGAUGAAGCUGUCCCCUGUCAUCUCAGUCAGAGUCAUCAGAGGAUGCUGGCUUUUGUAUGAAAAACCUGGCUUCCAGGGGCGAACAAUUGCCCUUGAGGAAGGUCCUACAGAUCACUUAAUGAAUAUAUGGGCAGAUGAGGGAAGCCCAACAACACUGGACCAGAAUGGUCAGCCUAUACCAACAGCACCCAUGGUCAUAGGUUCUCUCCGACUGGCAGUAAGAGACUAUAGCAUACCACAGAUUGACCUGUUUGCAGAGGUAAAUGGGUUGGGGAGGAUGUCAUCUUACUGUGACGACACUGUAGAGAUCAGCUCCUAUGGGAUCCCACAGACCACUGGCUCCAUUAAGGUCCAUUCUGGAGUCUGGCUGGUGUACUCUGAUCCAGGCUUUGGAGGUUUGGUAGGAGUGCUGGAGGUGGGCGAGUAUCCCUGCCCAGAGACCUGGGGUUUCUCUGAGCCUUUCAUCGGGUCUCUCAGACCUCUCCGAAUGGGAGCAAUAAGGGUGGAGCAUCCUCACAAAGUCAAGGCCUUAGUGUUUGAGAAGCCCAACUUUGAUGGAGAGUGCAUAGAGGUGGACAGUGAUGUGUACAAUUUGCAAGAACAGGAAGAGGAGGAAACGGACAAACCUGACAAGAAUAAGAAGACAUUGCCUACAGUUGGGUCUAUAAAGAUACUCGGUGGUUUUUGGGUGGGCUAUCAAGAGGCAGACUUUGAGGGUCAGCAGUACAUCCUGGAGGAGGGGGAGUAUCCUCACUGCAGUGACUGGGGAGGAUGUGAAGAUGGGCUCCUGUCACUUCGGCCCGUAUGCACAGAUUUCAUGUCUCCUCAUGCUAAACUGUUCAGCGAGCGGAACUUUGAUCAGCUGGGGCUCAACAUGGACUUGCUGGGUCCCGUCGUCAACAUGGAGGACGUCGGUCAUGGUAUCAAAACCCAGUCUGUCGACAUCAUGGGUGGAGUAUGGGUGGCAUUUGAAAAUCCUGGAUUCAGUGGAGAGGUCUAUGUGCUGGAGAAAGGCUUGUAUGCAAACCCAGAGGACUGGGGAGCCCAGAACUUCAAGAUUUCAUCCAUACAGCCGGUCUUCCAUGACACACUGAUGGGAUCUACUAAAUUCAAGGUGCAUCUGUACUCUGAGCCAGACUUCCAGGGAAGGCUGGUGUCUCUGGAGGACAGCACAGCAGCUCUAGAUGGGGACUUCAGGCCCAGGUCCUGUAAGGUGCUGGCUGGCAGGUGGGUAGCUUAUGAAGGAGCCCAGUUCACAGAGGAUAUGUAUGUUCUGGAGGAGGGAGAGUACCCCAACACAGAGGCCAUGGGCCUCCUGUCCUCAGACUCUACCAUCUGUUCCAUUCAUACCAUUGGACAUGAGUUCUCUCUGCCCUCCAUCAUCUUGUUCAGUAAGGUUGGCUGUAGAGGUCGCAGGGUGGUGUUGACCAGUGGAGCUGUGAACCUGCAGCAGGCUGGCCUGGACGCACACAUACGCUCCCUGGUGGUGGAGGGAGGAAUGUGGGUGUUAUAUGAAGGCAGUAACUACCGUGGUCGACAGCUGCUUCUUCAGCCAAGUGAUGUGGGUGAUUUGGGCAAGUUAAACGGCUGGAAGCAAAUAGGAUCCCUGCGUCCAUUACUCCAGAAACAGAUGUACUUCUGUCUGCGGAACAGAGAGACAGGAUGCAUGAUGUCCCUAACAGGAACUUUGGAUGACAUUAAGCUGAUGAGGGUUCAGGUCGUGGAGGAGACAGGAGGAGUGGAGCAGGUCUGGCUCUAUCGGGACGGACAGCUUUCCUGCAAGCUGGUGGAGGACUGUUGUCUGGAGACCUCAGGCAGUAUGUUGAUGGCAGGCAGUCGACUUUCUGUUUCUCCGGAGCGAGGCAAGGACAACCAGCUGUGGAACAUCACCCCAGACGGCCUGGUGCACUGCCAUCUAAAACCUGAUCUGGUCCUAGAGGUCAAAGGCGGUCAACAAUAUGACAAGAACCAGGUGAUCCUCAACACGUUUGAUGACAGAAAACUGAACCAAAGGUGGACCUUGGAGAUCCUGUGAGAAGAGAAUCUUUGCUGUGGUAUUGAGAAAACAUUGUGCUCUUUUGUUGUAUUUUGACCCUUGUUUACUUUCUUUGAGGAGGGUGACCAUUUACUGGAUCAAUUAUAUAAUUUUGAAAACCAUGCACUCUCACAGAAGUUGAUGAAUUUGUUUCCUCAUCAUCCAAAAUGAGUUAUUAAUGUAAAAUGUUGCUCAUUUUUAGCCACUUGAUUUUAUAACACUGUAAACCAAAGACUCCACGCCCCCUCGAUGUUUUGACUACAUGUAGUGAAAACUCAGCCCUGUUUCAAUGCUGCAUACCUCUCCUUACUUUAUGGUACUGCAUGGUUUCAUUCUGUUUUGUGGUCUCACUGAGGACAAAUAUGAAUGUAUACUUCAUAUUGACAGCUGCAAUACGAAGUCCGAUGUGCCUACACUCCAAAGAUGUAUUUAGAUGUUUUCCUCUUGUAAUUACUGUAGAUCAAAGAUGAUCUAUUGCAAAGUUUUGAUAUCGUUUUAAGACUUUAUUGGUUUUUACACUUUUAUGCAUCCUGUACUUUACUUCAUUGAGAUGUACAUAAGCAUCAUGUGUACAGAUUAAAUUUAAAAAGAAGAACUGCAAUAAUGAUGCUGCCCACUGUUAACUGUAAAUAUGCAAAUGUAAAAGAGGAAACUGUUACACAUGAAAAUAAAGUGGUUUUCUUUGCCACAUCUUUUUAGAAAGUGAAA